ACUGCCCCCUUGAACAAGAAAUCCGAAGUUAAUGUUCUAAGGAUAUCAAGAGGCGUGAUUCCACCAACUGUCCUCACAUUAGGAUCAGCAUGGUGGUCUAACAGAACAGCCACCAUGUCUGGAGAGACCAUCUCAGCCGCGAUGUGCAAAGGUGUCUUGAGCCACGCUGAGAUCAUGGUGGUGGUUGUGAGGCAUUAGAGAACGGCGAGCUAUAGAAGAUUUAAGACGAAGCUCUUCUAUUUUGGUGACGACGUCAAUAGGGAGAUGCUUGGCAAGAAUCUCUGGUGGGAGACCUGAUUUAGCAACUAAGUGAGAGCAGGUGGUCCAUAAUUGAUGCAUGUCUUGCUUUCUUGAUGCUAUUAAAACUUUCAUCACAUCUUCGAUAGAGGCUUUCU